GGUCGAGGACACGGGUGAGUGGAUCACGAGCCAUAGCUGACGGUCGUCUUUCGCGGCGUCGCUAAAGGGGCCAAGCAUCGGACAUGGCGACUGAUCUCAUCCUUCUGUUGCUUUUGUCAUCUUCGCUCGUACAGACGGGUGAAAUGUCCCUAUUGCCCAAUGGAGAGCACUGUGUCCCAAGCCGCACGGCUGUACUUCUGAUCCCCCGCUUCGGGCUUCCGUGUGACGGUGGAGGCGUUCGGAACCUAGUUGGCAACACUUACGCCGCUCUCGCCCGGCACUUGCACGAGGACAUCGCCCAGUCCACUUCGACCCUCUCAUCCCAACUACCACAAGCAUCUACCUCUCCCUGUUGCGCCUAUAAGGCUGCUGUGGCCCCCUUGCGUACCCUGCUCGACCCUUCCUUAAGAAGGCUCACGACACGCAGGGGUGCAAAGCCCCGACGCAUAGGCUGUAUCCGGGAUCUCAGAGCCGCGGCUGCUACUGCCCUCAUAUCCUGAGUUUAGGCGCGCACCACAACUAGGACAGUCCGAUAGUCACCACGUCCCUCGGAGCAAGUUCACUUUCGCUUGCUCUGAUGAUGCCACCGGCAUGGUUGCUGUUCAUCUGGACGCU